CCCUGCUUCUUUUCCCAUCGUGGACUUCUAAGGGCUGCUUUGACCGGCGAGUUUGGACAGUGCUUGCUACCUAAAGCUCGUGCACUCCAGCUUCUCUCCAAUAAUUUUGUCAGGAUGGCCCUCUUUCGGUUACUCCCUGCUCGCACAGUCGUCCAAACUCAGAAAUGCCUCCCAGCACUUUCCGUGUUCUCCAGGAAUAUUUCGGCAGACUCCACGGACCUGAAAGGCCUGAUGGCCAGCAAGAUCAAGACAUUCCAGUCCCAGGUGAAGGAGUUCCGUCAGAAAUGUGGCAGCCAAGUCGUCGGUGAAGUCACCAUUGACAUGAUCUACGGUGGCAUGCGAGGCAUCAAAGGCUUGGUGACCGAAACGUCGCAUCUGGACCCCGAGGAGGGCAUUGCCUUCCGCGACUACUCAAUCCCCCAGAUCCGCAAGCUGCUGCCCAAGGCGCCUGGCGGGGAGGAGCCCCUUCCCGAAGGCCUCUUCUGGCUGCUGCUCACAGGCGACAUCCCCACACCCGAACAGGUGAAGUGGGUGUCCAAGGCGUGGGCACAGCAGGCGGACCUUCCCUCGCACGUGGUGACCAUGCUGAACAACUUCCCCUCGCACGUGCACCCCAUGUCCCAGCUGAGCUGUGCCAUCACAGCCUGCAACACUGAGAGCAAGUUUGUGCAGGCCUACAACAAGGGAGUGCCCAAGGCCACCUACUGGGAGCACACGUUUGAUGACACGAUGGCUCUGCUGGCAAAGCUGCCCCCUAUCGCGGCCACCAUCUACCGCAACCUGUUCCGAGACGGCAGCAGCAUUGGUGCCAUUGAUGUGUCCAAGGACUGGUCGGCCAAUUUCACUGCCAUGCUGGGUUACGAUGACCCAAACUUCACCGAGCUCAUGCGCCUCUACCUCACCAUCCACAGUGACCACGAAGGCGGCAACGUGAGCGCACACACAACCCACCUUGUCGGCAGUGCCCUGUCCGACCCGUACCUCUCUCUGGCUGCCGGCAUGAACGGCCUGGCUGGGCCUCUGCACGGCCUCGCUAACCAGGAAGUGCUGGUGUGGCUGACCAAAUUGCAGAAGGAGCUUGGAGGUGAAGUGAGUGAUGAGCAGAUGAAGGAGUUCGUGUGGAAGACCCUGAAGUCAGGACAGGUGGUGCCGGGAUAUGGCCAUGCGGUCCUGCGCAAGACGGACCCACGCUACACGUGCCAGCGGGAGUUCGCACUCAAGCACCUGCCCAACGACUCACUCUUCAAGCUGGUCUCACAGCUCUACACAGUGGUGCCUCCCAUUCUGCUCGAGCUGGGCAAGGUCAAGAACCCGUGGCCCAAUGUGGACGCACACUCCGGCGUCCUCCUACAGUACUACGGCAUGAAGGAGAUGUCGUACUACACCGUUCUGUUCGGCGUGUCACGUGCCCUGGGCGUGCUGUCGUCGCUCAUCUGGGACCGUGCCCUGGGCCUGCCCAUCGAGCGGCCAAAGUCGCUCACUUCCGAGGGUCUUAUGAAGCUGGUCGGAUACAAGUGAACGGAAAGCCCAGCAACAUGGAAACUGCUCUCCACCUUUUUGUUCCCCUUGUCUCCUCCCUCCUCCUCCAGCAUCUCCAUCCCAUCACAGUGAACUACCACGCUACUGUGAAAGCACUUGUUCAUGAUUGUUACAUGCAUCCUUUCCCACAGCUUUCCUCUGAAUGUUUCCUUCGCUACUCUGCGGUAGUCUGUUUUCUUUUCUUUCUCUCCAGUACUGUUUCACCUUGCUUCUGCUGUUUCGUUUAUUGUUCAUGUUUUGUUGAAGAUGCAUAACCCGUGUGAGCACGUAACCACCAUCUCGCAACUCGUUGCAGCGUUGACACACCUGCAAGUGACAAACUGGGUUAAACCUUUGACUCCUUGCUGAACAGCCCGGAGUGAAACCGAUUUUUGGAGUGGAAGAAAUUUCGGUGCAUUUAAAGGAUCGCAGUCGUCGGGCAAGCAUCCUUUUGCACACCUGCGGUGUUUUGCAAAGAGUGUUGCGGGUUCUUCGCGAUGCUGAAUGAGUGUUGAAAUCUUUUAGGAAAUUGUGCUUGUAUGUGUGUGCCUAUGUUGGGUGUUCAUAAGUUAAGAACUUUUGCACUUGCAUCAUCACAGUGGUGCCUGUUGACAUUGCGCAUAGUUCACUGUGUGCUUGUUGUUCGAGUUGUAGCUUGUUGUGCCCAUCGCCCAUGGGGGAAUAAUUCUGUAUACUAUUUUUUCAUGAAAUUAGCAUCCUUGCUUAUUUUACAACCUCUAUGGCAGUGCUGGGACAGAAAUGUUGUCUAAGUGCUCUAGCAGAGUGACGUUCUUUUUUUUUAAUAGGGCUUGGGCUUCGGAAUCAAAACGUUGAGUAAUUUUUUUCUUGUACAAAAGCAACAGCUGCCAACAUUGUGCAAACAGUGAAUAGCGUGGCCUUUUAGAUGGCAUGUACAGUAGGAUUGAUGGAAAACGUGGAUACCAAUUUCUUUUCUGCAAUUUUGCCUUUCUGCACGAGUGAUAAUGCAUCUAAGCCCUGCACCUGCCUCCUUCUUGCUAAGUGUGGUUGAAACCGAACCUCUUGGCAAUUGAUGAGACUUAUUGGCACUCGACAUGUGACAUGCAAGGCAUGUUUUAGUGUUGACAUCUCUGGCCAAUUUCUAGAGAGCUCUGAGCCAUGUACCUUUCUUUGUUUCCCACCCCUUCUCACAGUACUAUCUCCAACAUCACAACUUCAUCGCGAGUGUGUGUGCAUGUGUAGCAAAUUGCAGGUUGAAGCGGCGUCAUUUGUUUACCAUGCUUUGUUUAAAUCGGCCUUUCUUUUGUCACGCGUCUUGCUUUCCUUCGCUGGGCCCCCAUUUCAUACCUGACACAAACUGUCGGUUGCAACUGGCGGCAUGCCACCAUCGCGCGCACGUCGUCCGUCGCGUGUUGCGUCGUCUGCUUGAAGGCACAGGCGGAGCAGACUUCUGCGAGCUGCUUGUCUGUCUUUCUUAAUGUCAGCGUGCUAGCAUCGAUGCUUGGCUCUGUUCUCAUUGCUCAAGGGUGGCAGGUUUCUUUCUGUGCUUUUCACAAAUACAUAUUAGUACUUUGCAACCACAACCAGCCCUGAAGUCUCUCUUGUCAGGCAGAAAGGUGGCACGUUUCCUUCUCCCUAAUCACAUUGAUCUGUUCCUGAAGACCCAACAUCCAGCUUUACACUCGCGUCAUGCCUGGCGAAUGAACACUUAAAAAAAGGUGCACCAGCAGGACGUUGGUCUUCCAGGGGAGCAGCCUUUCGUGACACUGCCAGAGGUGUUUGUGGGUCCCAGUGAUGCGUGUGAUGUGCCCCCCUCGUCUAGGCCACCAGUGUCAAGUGUUUUUUUUUUUUCUUCUUUCUUUCUUUUUUUUAUUUUUUGGUGCUGGGGAAGCACACGCCGCACAUCUCAUCAGAAACUGGCAGCCGUUAUAAUAUAACCCUUCCCAUAGACUGUCGUGCAUGGCUGCCAAGUCUUACUUUUAGAGGGAACAUAUUUUAGAGCUGAGUAAAAAACAAAACUGAUCUUAGAGACAGUUGUGAGUGUUUUUAUUUAUUUGAAAGCGCCUCUAGUUUUCUUUCCUCUCUUGGAACACUUGCUCUUUGGAGAUGUGGAUUUUUUUUUUUUUUUGGUACGGUUGUGUAUCUGUAUGCAUAGUAUACUUAGCCCAGUGUGGAAAAAGAGACAGCAAUACUACCAAGCAAUGAAAGUCUUAACUUCAGUAGCACCUCUUCCAUGAGGGCAUAGGAAGCUGUAAUUAGAUGAAUGGUGUGUAAAAGGAAAGAGACACAAUGUUUAUUCCAUUCAGUGUGAUAUUUGGAAAUAAAUAAUGCAGACAAACGCCUGA